UUCAUCACAACUUGUCAUAUCUCUUCCCCCAACUCUCUCUCUCUCUCUCUUGUUUCUCUCUCUAAAAUCCUCUCAAAAAGUGGGGGAGGCAAAGGUUACCCCAAAAAGAUCACAAAAGUAGGAAAUGGGCUCUUCUUCUUCUCCAUUAGGGCUUCUUAUGCGGCCCCCAAACCCUACAGUUUCUCUCUCCUCCUCCUCCUCCUCCUCCUCCACCUUGGGGGCCCCGAGCACCUCCCAAAACCCUAGCUUUUCGUGCUCUUCCCCCAAUUCCCCCUCUAAUGGGAGAUGGGUCGGAGCCAAAAUCGCACCUUGGGGCCAAACCGCCCUCAAUUCUAAUCAUUGGUGGCUUCGUGGAUGUAUGAGAAGAGGCAGGGCUGAAAUUAUUGCGAGGAAUCAAAGUGCAGGUGGUGCAUUUAUGUUCGGACCUGACGAGGAGAAUGGCACGCAAGUUCCUACUCAGGCUCAGUCGGUUGUCGAAGGUUCAGGCGCCGUCCUUGUAUCAGAGUACAAACCAAUUCCUGAUAUAGAUUAUCUUCAGGAAUUACUGGCCAUUCAGCAACAAGGACCUCGAGCAAUUGGCUUUUUUGGGACGAGAAAUAUGGGAUUCAUGCAUCAGCAACUUAUUGAGAUUCUGAGCUACGCUAUGGUCAUAACGAAGAAUCAUAUAUUCACAUCAGGAGCAUCAGGUACUAAUGCAGCCGUUAUCAGAGGCGCUUUAAGAGCGGAGAAGCCGGAGCUGCUUACUGUAAUAUUGCCGCAAAGCUUGAAAAAGCAGUCUCCCGAAAGCCAGGAAUUGCUGUCUAAAGUUAAAAAUCUAAUCGAGAAACCCCAAUAUGAUCAUUUGCCGUUAAUUGAGGCUAGCAGGUUGUGCAACAUGGACAUAAUCUCGAAGGUGCAGCAGGUCAUAUGCUUUGCGUUUCACGAUAGCAAAUUGCUCAUGGAAACAUGCCAGGAAGCGAAGAAUCUUCGCAAGAUCGUUACUCUUUUUUACUUGGAUUAGCCUUCGAAAACACUCGGGUUUCCAUUCAUUUUUGUUCAUAGCCAAGCAAAUCAGGCUCUUUUACUUCUCUUGCUUCCCCAUUUUGGCCCCAAUUAGAAAAGCCUUCUUGAGCAGAUUAGAGACCGAUUUUAUGCCGCAGAAAAAAGGUGUCGCGAUCUCUCAUUAUUCUGAUUCUUGAAACAACACAUGUCGGAUCCAAUGUUGUUAAUAGCAAAUUGGUUUCUCAUUAUUCUGAUUCUUGAAACAACACAUGUCGGAUCCAAUGUUGUUAAUAGCAAAUUGGUUUUGGUGCAAAAUUU